AUGGCUUCUUCUUACACACUUAUCCUCUUCCUUUGCCUCUCCAUUUUCCUCAUCGCUUCCACUGAGAUGAUGAUGGUGGAAGGAAAAAUUUGCCAGAGGCGAAGCAAGACAUGGACAGGGAUUUGUGCCAACACUCGCGGCUGUGACAGUCAGUGCAAGAGAUGGGAACGUGCUUCGCACGGAGCUUGCCACGCUCAGUUCCCGGGCUUCGCAUGUUUCUGCUACUUCAAUUGCUGA